AUGAAAAUGUGGCUGCUGGUUAGUCACCUGGUGAUAUUAUCUUUUACAACCUGCCUAUCAGAGUUUACAUGGCACAGAAGGUAUGGUCAUGGAGUUUCUGAAGAAGACAAAGGAUUUGGACCAAUUUUUGAAGAGCAACCAAUUAAUACCAUUUAUCCAGAAGAAUCACCAGAAGGAAAAGUAUCACUCAACUGUAGGGCACGAGCCAGCCCUUUCCCGGUUUACAAAUGGAGAAUGAAUAAUGGGGAUAUUGAUCUGACAAAUGAUCGGUACAGUAUGGUAGGAGGAAACCUUGUUAUCAACAACCCUGACAAACAGAAAGAUGCUGGAGUCUACUACUGUUUAGCAUCAAACAACUAUGGCAUGGUCAGGAGCACUGAAGCCACCCUGAGCUUUGGAUAUCUUGAUACUUUCCCACCUGAGGAACGUCCUGAGGUCAGAGUGAAAGAAGGAAAAGGAAUAGUGCUUCUCUGUGACCCUCCAUAUCAUUUUCCAGAUGAUCUUAGCUACCGCUGGCUUCUAAAUGAAUUUCCUGUGUUUAUCACAAUGGAUAAACGAAGAUUUGUAUCUCAGACAAAUGGCAAUCUCUACAUUGCGAAUGUUGAGGCAUCAGACAAAGGCAAUUAUUCCUGCUUUGUAUCCAGUCCUUCUAUUACAAAGAGUGUAUUCAGCAAAUUUAUCCCACUCAUUCCACUACCUGAACGGACAACAAAACCAUAUCCUGCUGAUAUUGUAGUUCAGUUCAAAGACAUAUAUGCAUUGAUGGGCCAAAAUGUGACUUUGGAAUGUUUUGCCCUGGGCAACCCUGUUCCUGACAUCCGGUGGCGAAAGGUCCUGGAGCCCAUGCCCAGCACUGCCGAGAUCAGCACCUCCGGGGCCGUCCUGAAGAUCUUCAACAUCCAGCUCGAAGACGAAGGCACUUAUGAAUGUGAGGCUGAGAACAUUAAAGGGAAGGACAGACACCAGGCAAGAAUUUAUGUUCAAGCAUUUCCUGAAUGGGUAGAGCAUAUCAACGACACAGAGGUGGAUAUAGGCAGUGACCUCUAUUGGCCGUGUAUAGCCACGGGGAAGCCCAUUCCUACCAUCCGAUGGCUGAAAAAUGGAUAUGUGUAUCAUAAAGGAGAACUGAGACUGUAUGACGUGACGUUUGAUAAUGCUGGCAUGUACCAGUGCAUUGCUGAAAACACAUAUGGGGCCAUUUAUGCGAACGCGGAAUUGAAGAUCUUAGCUUUGGCUCCAACUUUUGAAAUGAAUCCUAUGAAGAAGAAGAUCCUGGCUGCUAAAGGCGGAAGGGUUAUAAUUGAAUGCAAACCCAAAGCUGCACCAAAACCAAAAUUUUCAUGGAGUAAAGGAACAGAGUGGCUUGUCAAUGGCAGCAGAACACUCAUUUGGGAAGAUGGCAGCUUGGAAAUCAAUAACAUUACAAGGAAUGAUGGUGGCAUCUAUACAUGCUUUGCAGAAAAUAAUAGAGGGAAGGCUAAUAGCACUGGGACUCUUGUUAUCACAGAUCCCACUCGGAUUAUAUUGUCCCCAACUAAUGCUGAUAUCACCGUUGGAGAAAAUGCCACCAUGCAGUGUGCUGCUUCCUUUGAUCCUGCCCUGGAUCUCACAUUCGUUUGGUCCUUCAAUGGCUACGUGAUUGAUUUCAACAAAGAGAACAUUCAUUACCAGCGAAAUUAUAUGCUGGACAACAAUGGGGAAAUGCUCAUUCGCAAUGCCCAGCUGAAGCAUGCAGGCAGAUACACGUGCACCGCGCAGACCAUCGUGGACAACUCCUCCGCUUCGGCAGACCUUGUUGUGCGAGGCCCUCCAGGCCCGCCAGGUGGUCUGCGGAUAGAAGACAUCAGAGCCACUUCGGUGGCACUCACUUGGAGCCGUGGUUCAGACAAUCAUAGUCCUAUUUCUAAAUACACCAUCCAGACCAAGACUAUUCUUUCCGAUGACUGGAAAGAUGCAAAGACUGAUCCCCCAAUUAUUGAAGGAAAUAUGGAAGCGGCAAAAGCAGUUGAUUUAAUCCCAUGGAUGGAAUAUGAGUUUCGUGUGGUAGCAACCAACACAUUGGGUAUAGGAGAGCCCAGUAUACCGUCAAACAAAAUUAGAACUGAUGGUGCUGCACCUAAUGUGGCGCCUUCAGAUGUAGGAGGUGGAGGAGGAAGCAACAGAGAGCUGACCAUCACAUGGGCGCCUUUGUCAAGAGAAUACCACUAUGGCAACAAUUUCGGUUAUAUAGUAGCAUUUAAGCCAUUUGAUGGGGAUGAAUGGAAAAAAGUUACGGUGACAAAUCCAGAUAUUGGACGGUAUGUCCAUAAAGAUGAGACCAUGCGGCCUUUCAGUGCGUUUCAAGUCAAAGUCAAGGCCUUCAACAACAAAGGAGAUGGACCAUACAGCCUCAUAGCAGUCAUUAAUUCAGCGCAAGACGCUCCCAGUGAAGCCCCAACAGAAGUAGGCGUAAAAGUCCUGUCAUCUUCUGAGAUAUCUGUUCAUUGGGAGCACGUUGUAGAGAAAAUAGUGGAAAGCUAUCAGAUUCGGUACUGGUCAGCUCACGACAAAGAGGCAGCUGCACACCGAGUUCAAGUCAACAGCCAAGAGUACUCGGCCAGGCUGGAGAACCUUCUGCCGGACACCCAAUACUCUGUGGACGUCAGGGCAUGCAAUAGUGCCGGGUGUGGCCCUCCCAGCGAGAUGAUUGAGACUUUUACCAAGAAAGCACCUCCAAGCCAGCCGCCAAGGAUCAUCAGUUCCAUAAGGUCUGGUUCCCGCUACAUAAUCACCUGGGAUCAUGUGGUCGCACUAUCAAAUGAAUCUACAGUGACAGGAUAUAAGGUACUCUAUAGACCUGAUGGCCAGCAUGAUGGCAAACUGUAUUCAACACAUAAGCACUCCAUAGAAGUUCCAAUCCCCAGGGAUGGAGAGUAUGUUGUGGAAGUGCGUGCACACAGCGAUGGAGGAGAUGGAGUGGUGUCUCAAGUCAAAAUUUCAGGUACAUCCACCCUAUUACCAAGUCUUCUUGGCUUACUGCUGCCUGCCUUUGGCAUCCUUAUCCACUUGGAAUUCUGA